AUGGCGACCGGCCUCGUGCCUGCAUCGGUCCUGCACAUAUCGAGCUGCACCACAUGCCGCCGGGCGCAACAAGACCUCCCGGAGCUGCUCAGAAAAUGCGGCGCGUGCAAGUACGCCCUGUACUGCAGAAGGUGUCAGGAUGCGGAUCGGAAGAGACACAAGGCAGAGUGUCAGGCCAUACGCUCCGGUGCUGCCCAGGCACCCAACAUCCCCGGCUUGGUCGAGUUGGAACCAUCGCCUGGAACGGGCGCGCACGCUCGUCGCUUGGCUGCCCAGGCGGCUCAGCUGGCACGUACUACCGCUCGGUUCUCGAAUUCAUCCGUACCAAUCCCACACACCCCAACGCGCAUCCCUUCUGCGAAUUCCCUCCUCGACCCGGCUGCUUCGCCCGCGGACUACCUCUCAUCCUUACCUCCAGCGAUGGCGUAUCGGCAGAUCAUCGAUGCCUUCCGCCUGAGGACAGAAGACGAGUAUGUCUUCAACCUCCAGAAUAUUGGUGUGUAUGCGAGGGAGGAUCCAACGGGCUUGUUCAAGGAGUUUCUGGAUCUGGCGGAGAAGAGUGGGGUGCUGCCGGUGUGGUGGACAGCGGAGAAGAGGGGAGAGGUACAGCGGCUGAGUCAGGAAAAGGCGGGAGGGAGCUACCUACACCAUGCGAUAGAGCGAAGCGACGUCAUCGAGGAGUACGGAGGAGAUACGGUGAUGCCUCUCAAGUUGAGAGCGCUGGGUGAGAAGGUGUACGGACGGGCGGUGCAUGCGGAUCAGGGGGUCAAGGGCUUUUGA